AUGUCAAGCUUGCAUUCCAAGUCCUCAACCAAGGCGGCGGGCGUACCCCUCUACCGCCGCCUCCUGUUCCCCGACCUCUCUCCCACAGUGGCCCCUCCGCCCAUUCUUCCCCGUGCGUCACCCGAACUCAACGCAGAGCUCUACGACUUUAUUGCUCUUGCACUCCGUGCAUACAUAACACCGUGGUGGUCCAAGAUUACCCGCUACGAUAGCGAGUUCAUUCCACAUGUCGCGUCGGUCAUUGUCGAGGUCAUUCGUGUGCUUGUAUCCCGCCUCGAAGCAGCUGGCAUCGCUCAACUCGUAUAUGGCGCAGUACCGACAGUAGUUGAGCAGCAUUAUGCAGACUAUCGUGCCGCCGCAUCAAAAGUCGGUUCUGCAUACGCGUCAGGCGGGUCCGCGCCGCUCGAGUCGUUAUUCCACCAGCAUCAGAGUCAUAUGGGCAUUGAUGCCGAUGGGAACAUCGACGCAUCAUAUAUUCGACAUCUGUUAGACCUCAUUCUGCAGGCUUGCCUGCCCAUGGAAGACCAGGAAUCCGACGCCGAGCGGACAAUAAUCCGAGAAGUGAUCGCCAAGGUGAUUCUCAAGGAUGUUGUCCCGAUGCUCAGCCAGCCGUGGUUCAUACACAAGCAGAUGUUGGACCAGCUGCGUUCUGGUCAUAAGGAUGCGGUUGCCAGCUUGACAAAGGUGCGACCCUUCUAA